UUCAUGUAUUUGCAUGCACCGACAGGAAAACAUGCAAUAAAUGUUUAUAAAAUCAACCGAAAAAAGACAUGGAUUGAAUUGUGUUCAGUUUGACAUUUCACAAUUUUUUUUCUUAAAAUUUAAAAUAUUUAAAUAAGAGAAAAAAAAAUUGUUCCGUGCAAUUUGUGUAUUAAAAUAAGUUUGUGACUGUGAUAUUCUCAACUUGAAAUUGAAGAUGCUUUCAAACCAGGGAAUAACUUUUGAGAAUGGAAACGUGUAUCAUCAAAUACAGUAUUUGGGUGCAUCGAAAAAAGGAUGCAAUUCGUACAAGGCUCAAUCAAGUGAUGGAAAAGAUGUUUUCAUAACAACAUGGAAGUUUGACCUUGAGUCAAUCAAACGCAAAUGUCCAAUUUCAUGCGCUCAAAUAUCGAUUGAAAGUGAAUGCUCUAAUCAUGGUGAUAACGUCGUCGAAGCAUUCCAAGCGCGAGCUAAAUUUAUCAUCGAAAAUGUUAAGCAUUCGAAUUUGGUGCGUUACUUAGACGUAAAUUGUGAAAUUUUGGAUGGUUAUCUUACGGUGAAUUUGGUGCAAGAAUACAUUGAAGGAGUCAGUGUUAAGUGCAUGAGCGAUCAAGGGAUUUUACCGAGCCUUUCGCCAAUUGCCGAAUGGUUAUUGAAAGCGAUUUCAUAUUUACACAGCAUGAAUCCCAGCAUAACACACGGCUACAUAAACGAUGGUUCGAUAUUUCUUGGCAAAUCAGCUAGAUAUCAUGUUGGCGACUACCAUCUGAUACCGUACCUCAUGUAUUUGAAAGGCACGUUAUCUUCAGUGCAAACAGUUACUGACAUUCGUGCACUGGGAUCUUUGGUUGCAACAAAACAUGAAAUCGUUGAUAGUUUCGCUCGAGAUUUCAUAAAAAUGUGUCAAUGUGAACAAUCAAAGGAUCUAUUGAAACAUGCAUACUUAUCCAAUGUUCACACUGGUGACGCAAACACCAUCUAUGACGGGCCGUUCUUAAAUCAUUUUCAAAUCAUAGAAAAAUUGGGAGAAGGGGCGUAUGGAAGUGUGCUUAAGGUAAAUGCAGUUCAAGCACAAGGUAAAUGUGGCCAAGAAUAUGCAUUGAAACUAAUCACAUUGCCGACGGGUAGCAAAGGAAAAUACGAUAAGGUCAAACGUGAAGUCGAACUUAUUUCACAAUUAAAUCAUGAAAAUGUGGUGAAAUACAUAACUAGUUGGGAGCAAACUGUGGAUGCACUGGAAUUGAAGAAUCGAUUUGACAUAACAAUAUUCAACGGAGAAUAUAAUUCAGCUUCUUCAUAUGAUUCAUCGACGUCUGCAAAUGAUGGUCCACAAUAUGCCGAUACGAUAAUCAUUCAAAUGGAAUUAUGUGAAAUGGAUCUAAGGAGGGCAAUCAAGAAAUGUCACAAUCGAAAAGAGUCAAUGUGUCGUUCAUGGCUUGAAGAUAUAGUGUGCGGUUUGGCAUAUCUUCAUUCAUUGGGAAUAAUUCAUCGUGAUUUAAAUCCGCAAAAUAUUUUCCUGACUUUUAAUGGUCGUAUGAAAAUUGCUGACUUCGGUUUGGCCACCACAAUCGAUUUAAUUUUGAAACAACGUGAAAGAGACAAUCCAGUCACCAAUAGCGCCAAUGCCCGAAGUUCACAAACUGGACUUGUAGGAACUUCAUACUAUAUAGCACCCGAAUUGAGAGAUCAAGAGGCAUCGAAUGCGACCUAUGGAAAUAAAGCCGAUAUCUAUUCAUUGGGCAUGAUUUUUUUCGAAAUGAUUCAUCCACCAUUCACAACUGAUAUGGAAAGACAUGUCGUUUUGACCGAUGCAGGCCGCAAAAUAUUUCCAGAUUUCAUGGAAGAUUCAGAUGAUCCGUUAUUCAUCAUCAUUAAAAAAAUGCUGGCGCACGAACCAGAGACUCGACCAACCGCGGAUAGUAUUGUUUGCGAUUUCAUACUUGCCUGUUUGAAAGACGAAGGAUUUGAGGACGAUGCAUUCAUAAAGAACCGUUCAUUGUCGCUUAAUGGAAUCCAACCAGAAUUACCAUUGAACUCAAAUAGUGAAUCUGAAUAUGAGUACGAUGGAAAUGAAUCUAACAUUUCCUACUCUAAAUAAAAAAAAACUUGUAGAUAUCACUGGCCAGUUCCAUGAACACUUUGUAUUCCAACUUUGGAAGCAUCCAACUUUUCGUAAAGUUCUUUCUAGACAUUCGAUCUCCUAAAAUGGUAUUAUUUAAAAAAAAAAUUGUGU